AUGGCGGCACCACCCCGACAUGCCACCAUGCUGUCCAUCAGCAAUGGCGGGACAGCCCAAGGGACCGACCGACCACAGACACAACAAGCACAUCAGCAAGUGCAGACACAAUCACAGUCCCCAGGCCUCCGAGUACCCUCCAAUCGCAAAACCAUCUACGACCGACACCUAAACCGCAGCCGCAAUGCCGAGCUCAGCCGAGCAAGCUUCGCCUUCAUAUUCGGCGAAAUGGUCACAUACGCUCAACGAAGAGUAACAGGCAUUCAAGACUUGGAGAAACGCCUAAAUGAACAAGGCUACCCCCUCGGCCUCCGCCUCCUAGACCUCCUCUUCUACCGCUCAACAUCAACCUCCACCUCAGCCCUCACAAGCUCCUCCUCCACCUCCUCCUCCCCACCCAAUCGUCCCCUGCGCAUCAUAACCCUUCUGCACCUCAUCCACGGACCCCUCUGGCGUCUCCUCUUCGGCCGCGCCGCAGACGCCCUCGAGCACUCCGUCUCACCCGAUACGCCGAACGAGUACAUGAUCACCGACAACGACCCGAUGGUCAACACGUACAUCAGCGCGCCGCGCGAUAUGAGCAUGCUCAAUUGCGCUGCUUACGUUGCGGGCAUCAUCGAGGGUGUCUGUGAUGGGUGUGGCUUUGAGACCAAGGUUUCGGCUCAUAAUCAGCCGACGGAUUUGUGGCCCAGUCGGACGGUUUUCUUGGUCAGGUUUGGGAGUGCUGUUAUGGAGAGGGAGAAGGUUUUGGAGAGGGCGGGGGUUAAAUAA